CGUUAAACAUCCUUAUACAUUACCAAACUUCAGUUUAUUGUGUUGACAAGUAUAUUAUAUCAGAUUUCAAAUAUUUUAUAAACUUUUAAUGAAACUUGGUUUAUUUAUCAUUCAAUGAAAUUAUAUUAGGUACUGAGGUGAGUCAAUUAUUUAAUUAUUCUUCAUCUUAAUAUCAUUAUUUAUUGUAAUUACCUUCUUUUGAGAAAUUUUAUAUUCUAGAAUGGACCAAGACGAUUUCACUGCUGAUCUGUGUGCUGAGCAGAUUGGUAAACUAUUCCAAUUUCAGGAUCUUACGGGUAUUGAGAGUUUGCCUACAUGUCGAGACGUACUACAAAGGCAUAAUUGGGAUCUAGAAUCUGCAGUUCAAGAUCAGUUAAAUCUUCGAGAAGGUCGUCCAUCCGUAUUUGCUGGAACAUCAGAAACAUCCUCUGCUCCAACUGUUUUAGUUGAUCCUACUAGACAGCAAAUAUUUCAGUCUGAGGCUUCUGGAUCUGGAAAUUUCCUACCAUUUGUUAUAGACUAUAUACUGAGAACAUUUUACAAUACUUUUGUAUCAGUAGUACGAUUUACAUGGAGUUUAGUAUGGCCAGAACCUCGACGACCAAUUACAGAUCCUGUUGCAGAUGUAGGAAAAUUCAUUCAAAACUAUGAAUCUAUGUAUGGCAAUGAACAUCCGAUUUAUUAUAGAGGGUCAUAUAAGCAAGCACUGAAUGAUGCUAAACAAGAAUUAAGAUUUCUUGUAAUUUAUUUACACCAAAACGAUCAAACUGAUUGUUCAACUUUCAGUUCUUCUGUAUUGCCUAAUAGCAAUGUUAUUUCAUUUUUAAAUGAAAGCAACAUAUUAUUUUGGGCUUGUGAACAAGACACCAGUGAAGGUAAACGAGUAGCUACUGCUCUUCAAGCAAAUGUCUAUCCUUAUAUUGCUGUAAUUGUGCUGAGAGAAAGUCGUAUGACGCUUGUUGGACGCAUGGAAGGGCCAGUAUCACCUGUAGAAUUUAUAAGAAGGUUAAAAUUAAUUUUUGAAGCUAAUGAACCUUAUCUCGUAACUGCUCGUGCUGAACGAAUAGAACGUAGUUUUAAUCAGUCCCUACGUGAACAACAAGACCGAGCUUAUUUAGAGUCUCUACGUGCGGAUGAACAAAAAGAACAACUUAAAAAAGCAAAAGAAAACCAAGAACGAGAACAGCGUUUACAAAAAGAAAAGUUGGAAGAAUUAGAAAAAGCAAAGCAAGAGGCACUAAAAAAAAAGAAAAUAGAAAUGUUAGCUAGAAUCCCUCAGGAGCCAUCCAUUGAAGAACCAGGUGCACUAACAAUUGUGUUUAUUAUGCCUGGUGGCAUAAGAAUAGAGAGGCGAUUUGUAGAUAUAUCCCCUCUAUCUGAUGUUUUAGAUUUUGUAUUUUGUCAUCCAAAUUCCCCAAAUAUUUUUGAAGUAGCCACUAAUUUUCCUAAACGAGUUCUUAGCACUGAAGAUCGAGAUAAAACACUUAAAGAAUCGGGAUUACAAAAAAGAGAAGUUCUCUUUAUAAAUGAUUUAGAUUCAUGA